UAUACUCAUCAUGUUUUUUUCCAUGGCCUCUAUUGAUUUCUUGGCUUUUGGGGUCGAUGUCAGUCAAAAAAGCAUGUGCUAACUCAUGGCAAAUGACCUCCCCCAAAACGGAUAACGGGUUCUACUUCGAGACACCAAAAGAAGAGGGAAGGGGUUUUAACCUUUCAAUAACAUGCUUGGAUGAGCCACGGAAGUCGAAGGAAAGUUUUAAUCAACACUAUCAGGCAGCAAAAAAGGCUUGGGAAGCCAAAGGCUCCCCUAUGCAGAAUACUCCACCUUCCGGAACUAAAUGUUGA